UGCAACUGUGCUCACUUUCCAUACCAGGCAGACCUGGUUACUGCAGAGGCACCUUGGGCUCUUCAGAGAACAGCAGGGCUGCAGAGAAAUUUACUGUUAGGGUCUUUUUCUGUCAGCCAGCUCCAACGCCAGGACCAGAACUAAGACCAGGACCAGGAUCAUGGCACAAACGGUUCAAAUCGACCCCACUAAGAUGGGAGAGGGACGGGCGAUUGCUGUGCUGACUUCUGGUGGUGAUGCCCAGGGAAUGAAUGCAGCCGUGAGAGCAACUGUCCGGGUAGGUCUGUACACUGGAGCCAAGGUGUACUUUGUUCAUGAGGGUUACCAGGGUCUGGUUGACGGGGGAGACAAUAUCCGCCCGGCUACCUGGGAAAGUGUGUCAAUGAUGCUGCAAUUGGGUGGAACUGUGAUUGGUAGUGCCCGCUGUCAGGACUUCCGUACCAAGGAGGGUCGCACCAAGGCGGCCUGUAACUUGGUCAAGCUGGGCAUCACCAACUUGUGUGUUAUUGGAGGUGACGGCAGUCUCACAGGUGCCAACCAGUUCAGGACAGAGUGGAAAGACCUGCUGGUAGAUCUGGUUAAAGCAGGAAAAAUCACAACAGCUGAAGCAAAGAACUCUUCCCACCUCAAUAUUGUUGGCAUGGUGGGCUCCAUUGACAAUGACUUCUGUGGAACUGAUAUGACCAUUGGCACUGACAGUGCCCUGCAUCGCAUUAUUGAAAUAGUAGAUGCCAUUACAACCACAGCACAGAGUCACCAGAGGACCUUCAUCUUGGAGGUAAUGGGAAGGCACUGUGGGUAUCUUGCCCUGGUGACUGCUCUGGCCUGUGGUGCUGAUUGGGUAUUCAUCCCAGAGCUGCCUCCAGAAGAUGGAUGGGAAGUACAUCUUUGUAGAAGACUGACAGAUCAAAGAGGACGGGGUUCCCGUUUGAAUAUCAUCAUUGUUGCAGAAGGAGCAAUAGAUCGUAAAGGAAAACCAAUCACCUGUGAUACAGUAAAACAGUUGGUAUCAAAGCAGCUAGGCUUUGACACCCGCACCACCAUCCUGGGCCAUGUGCAGAGAGGAGGAACCCCGUCUGCUUUUGACAGGAUUCUGGCAAGCAGGAUGGGUGUGGAGUCUGUGAUGGCUCUGCUUGAAGCCACACCAGAUACUCCUGCCUGUGUGGUCAGCUUGUCUGGUAACAUGGCCGUUAGGCUGCCGCUCAUGGAAUGUGUACAAGUGACUAAAGAUGUAACUACAGCCAUGGAUGAGGGGCGGUAUGAAGAUGCUAUCAAGCUCAGGGGAAAGAGCUUUGAAAACAACUGGAACACCUAUAAAAUGCUAGCCCAUGUGCACCCUCCAGAAACAAAGAGCAAUAUCAACAUUGCCUUACUGAACAUCGGUGCUCCAUGCGCGGGGAUGAAUGCUACUGUACGUUCAGCUGUCAGGAUUGGGCUCCUACAGGGCCACCAGAUGCUGGCAGUGCAUGAUGGCUUCGAUGGCUUGGCACAUGGAAUGAUUGAGCCAAUAGGUUGGUCUGGAGUGGCAGGAUGGACUGGAAAGGGUGGUUCCAUGCUUGGCACCAAGAGGACUCUGCCUAAAGAUCUCCUGGAGGAGAUCAGUCUGAAUAUCACAAAAUUCAACAUCCAUGGUCUUGUCAUUAUUGGGGGCUUUGAGGCAUUCCUGGGAGGUCUGGAGUUGGUAGAAGCUAGAGAGAAGUACGAGGAACUGUGUAUUCCCCUUGUUGUUGUUCCAGCUACUGUCUCUAAUAACGUUCCUGGAUCGGACUUCAGCAUAGGCGCAGACACAGCCCUCAACACCAUAACCAUGACUUGUGACCGGAUCAAGCAGUCUGCUGCGGGCACCAAGAGGAGAGUGUUUAUUGUGGAAACCAUGGGGGGAUACUGUGGCUACCUGGCAACCAUGGCUGGGUUGGCAUCUGGAGCAGAUGCAGCCUACAUUUAUGAAGAACCAUUUAAUAUUCAUGACCUGGAGAUUAACGUGGAUCAUCUGGUGGAAAAGAUGAAGACAACAGUGAAAAGAGGACUUAUUUUGAGAAAUGAGAAAUGCAAUGCAAACUACACCACAGAUUUCAUCUUCAACCUGUAUUCAGAGGAGGGGAAGGGCGUGUUUGACUGCAGAAAGAAUGUGCUCGGUCACAUGCAGCAGGGUGGAACGCCCAGUCCUUUUGAUAGGAACUUUGGCACAAAGAUGGGAGUUAAGUCUGUCCUUUGGUUGACUGACAAGCUGAAGGAAUGCUACAGACAUGGUCGCAUCUUUGCCAACUCAAAAGACUCAGCCUGUGUGCUGGGAAUGAAGAAAAGAGCAUUGGUGUUCCAGCCUUUGGCAGAACUCAAAGAUGAGACUGAUAUUGAACACCGUAUUCCAAAGACCCAGUGGUGGCUUAGGCUGAGGCCCCUCUUGAAAAUCCUGGCCAAGUACAAGAUCAACUUGGACACCUCAGAGAGGACUGCAAUGGAACACGUCAUAAAGAAGAGAGGCUUAGUUCCUCAGUAGCUUUUCUAUGCAACCACUCUGGAGAGGAUGUCGGUUAUUCAACUCCUUUUAAAGCACCUUGUAAACUGUGGAUUGUACAAUAUAAUAAAUCAAUCAAUAUAAAGACUUAGUUUAACCAUAACCCCUUACAAAAUUUACACUCAGUGUUAAAUAAAUUAAAUGUGAAAUGCAGCUGCUAAAUAGUUCGAAUGCCAGUAUGAAUUUCAGGUAUUUAAUCUUUUUCAUUGGCUCCUGAUUUGGUUCCGUGUGAAUAUGAGAUUCAUACAGUUUUCCCAUAUAUGAUAAUAGGUGAUUUAAUUCUUUUGUCCCUUGGAUUUUCUAAAGUAAGUUUCAGGGAUAAAAAGUGUGUCUCCCUUCACAUUUGUCUAAAUGCAAAUAAAUGUUAAAAUAAAACCAAUUUGAAUUCUCCAA